AUGAUAACGCACUUUGCUGAAAAACUGGCUUCGAAGUCUGGAUCUCAUCGUACUGACCCGGUCACGAAGUUGGAGCUGAAUCCGUCAUCACCUGUUGAAGGUAUUGUACAUAAAGAAGCCGAUGAAGCGGUAUCACCACAAAGGGAUUGUACUUCUUCGGCUACUAAAUGUUUCGAUGUGUGCGAUUCGUCACCGGUAAAGAAUGUGGUGCACCGCCUUGAAACCCAACAAGAAGAUGAUAAUGCGUUGGAAAGCCUAAAGAUCCGAACAAAACGUGAUUUCUUUUCGGAGAAGAGACGCAGCAUUUCCGUUAGUCAUGAAAAGGAAAAAUAUAAUGCUCAGGUGGCCGAACGAGCCAAGAGAGAAGCCGAAACAAAGGAUCAAGUGAGGUCACCUGCCAAGAAGCACAGCCGAAUUCGAAAGAGCUCCGCAAUGUCAAGCGUACGUAAUAUGGCAAGUCGCUUUGAAAAGAAGGCCGACCAAUCUUUGGAUAAUCUCUCUUUUCGCACAGUGCGUAGUUUUUUUCCAACUGAAAAGAGCAUUCACGUUGGUGCGGAAAAGCAGAAGUACGAGGCAAUCGAACAAGAGAAGCAAUCAGCCAAAGAAGCCGAAGAAAAGUUUGCUAGGCGAUCGUUUCAGGAAUCGAGAAUUGGCAGCGAUGUGGCAACUACUUGGACAAAACCAAAGGCUUUUGCCAUUGUGGAGCCUCUUGCUGAGGACACGGUUGCAGAGGAGACACUUUCAAUGGAUGACAUGUCUUAUACACUUGUGAAACCCAACGAGACGGCUGCCCUCGAUACCAGCCGCACUUCAGAGCUUCAUUCUCGUCGGCAUACUGUUGCUGGUAGAGAGGAGGUACCAAAUGUCCGAGGUAUCGCGUAUCGCUUUGAAACAAAGCGUGCAAAUUCAGUUGUUACCGCUCCGGUGCGAACUAUCGAUACUUUUAUUGUCGCAGACAGUGAGGUGAGUGUUCGUGUGUCUGCGGAAAAGGCAAAAUUCGAAAACCAAGUCAAGACGUCGUCUGUCCCUACUAAACGGACCAUUGACACUUUUAUCGUUCCCAAGAGCGAAGGGAGCGUUUGCGUAUCUGCUGAAAAGGCGAAGUUUGAGGCACCAGAUAAGCAAGUCAGAGCGACUGUGCGGACCAUUGAUACGUUCAUCGUACCAGAUAGCGAAGCAAGUGUUCGCGUGUCUGCAGAAAAGGCAAAGUUUGAGGCACCAGAAAAGCUUGUCAAGGCGGCCGUGCGGACCAUUGACACGUUUAUCGUACCAGAAAGCGAAGUUAGCAUUCAUGUGGCAGCCGAAAAGGCAAAACUCGAGGCGUUGGAAAAACAGAAGCAGAGUGAGCUUGACGCACAAGCGGCAAUUGAAAAGCAGAAACUUGCGAGAACAAUGUUAUGGGCAUCUGAGAAGGCUAAAUUGGAGCAGGCUAGGCAGUUGACUGAAGAGGUCAAGGCUAUCGAUGAUGCUAUGAUGGCAGAUGAAAUGAAGGAAUCGAAGGUGAUUCAGGAGACCGAGAUGGCUAAGCCGACGGAAGUGACUACAGAGGCUGAGACUGUAGUGGCGGGGGUGUUCAAAACAGCUGAGGUGGCUGCAGAGGUGUCUAGGUUGGACGAUGUGGCUUUAGGCUCUGGGUUAGCUACGGAGACUGAUGUCGUUACGCGUACCAUGGUAGCCAAGGCUGAGAAGAUUAGAGAGGGAGAUUUGGCUUCAGAUACCGAGGCAGUCAAAGCGCGUUUGGACACUCGAAUAGGCAAAGACGAUGAUACUGUUGUGGUCAAGGUAAUCGAUAUGGUCAAGCAGACAGAAGUGGCUGCAGAGAGCAAGGAAGCCAAGGAGGCUGAAGAGGUUAACGAGUCAGAGGUAGCUGCGGAAGGAACAAACGAGGUUGAGGUGGCGACGGUCAAUGAUGCCGAGGUGGCUAAGAUGUCCGAAGUAGUCGAGACCACAACAGGGGCGGAAGUGGCCAAGGUGACUGAGGCCAAGCUCGAGCAGACUGCAGUCAAGGAAACCGAGGUGACCAAGCAUGCAGCGGAUUUUAGGCAAACUGAUGUAGAAGAGAUUACAAAGGCCAAGGAAGCAGACGAAGCGUUAAAGCUAGAGAAGGUCGAGGAGACAGAGAUGGACAAUGGAAUGAUGGGAGCUGUUGCGUUGGAGGAGGGUUUGCAGACUGAGGAGGUCUUACAGACUGAGGAGACGACCAAGGCACUAAAACAAAAUGAGAUGGCCAAAGUGGCACAUGAUGGUAAAACGAUUGACUUUGUGCAGGGGUGUGAGAUGGUCACAUCAAUGAAGAAGGCAAAGGUGACAGAGGAAGUAGAUGAUAUAGUCAAGGAAGAUGAGGUGGUUAAAGUAGUUAAGGAGACAGAGGAAGUGACGAAGAAGGAGGCAGCCGGAGAGUGCAAUGUGGUGAGGACAUCCAAAACGGUGGAGAUCGUUGACAAUGUUGAGGCUGUCAACGAGACACUUGGCAAGGAGAAGCAAGCGGUGCGUAACGCGCCCAAUUUGACCAUUUCAGCGGUGGAAGUCACCGUGGAGCGGCAGACGUUCGGUGACAAUGUGUCUACAGCACAGCACGUGCAUUGGUUGUCGCUACCCGUGAGCGUCAAUCCUGCUCUUGCUCGUCUUCAUACCGUGCUGAGCGACCACGAUCCGUUGACGGCUUAUGCGCUUUACCCGAGUAGUCCUUCGUCCCCUUCGUCUCAAAGUGGUUGA